AUGAAGUUCAUCACUUUGAUAGCCUUGCUUUCAUCCCAGGUACUUGCCAUAAAUUACAUCCAGGAGAGCAUCUUCUCCCCGGAGUUUUCAAAGGGACCAAAUGCAAUCAUUAUUGAAUCUGGACCAAUUGGUAACUCAACCAUACAGAAGGGAAAUAUGACCUUUGUAGAAAGAGUCAUCAACCCAACUGAAGUAGUUGACACAUACGACGUAAUGGCAGAUGAUGCUAAGGUUGGAACUGCAACCAGAUCCAUCUCUAUUCACACAGAUGUUGCAGCCAUGGGAGGAGUGCCCUACUUAGAGGCCAAAUUUGCAGUUACCCUGGAGGCUGCCCCAGCACCCCCUGAGGGCAUGGCAUAUGCCACAGCCAGUGAAGACGAAUUAAGAAUCAAGGACCUGCAGCUAAUCUUCAGAGAUGCCUCUGCAGACUCAAAUGUCUCUGAUGUUGUUGGAAACGAGACUGGUUUAAUUUGGAGGAUAACCCCAGGGCCCAGAUUCAUUCCAUCCAUCAGCAGAAUGGAAGACGGUGGCUUAAUUGAUACCCCAGAAGGCAGAUUCACUUUAACCAUGUUCCCAUUCAACAGCUCCAAGCUGGAUAUAACAAUUCUUGCAAGAAUCCCAGAGGGAAGUGGAUUAAUCAACAUUUAUGACCCAGAUGUCAUAAUUAUUGCAGAGCCAACCCCAGAGGACGAGGAACAGCCAGAGGACCCAGAGGACCCUGAAGAUCCAGAGGACCCUGAAGAUCCAGAAGACCCUGAAGACCCAGAGGACCCAGAAGAUCCCGAACCACAACCAGAACCAUUCCUUGGUUUCUCUAGAAGAGUUCGAAAUGGAAAGACUGCACUUGCUGCAUAA